AUGGAAGUUAUGGACGAUGUUUGGGGAUCAACCACCGUCGGGCUGAAUAACCAGGUGAGGGUUACUCGACUUAGAGGGCUGGUUGCCUUUUACCACCUUUUCAUCUGUUCGGUGUUAAUUUCUCUUUUUCUUUUUGUUUCUCAAUCAACCACACAUGCAUACCGAGCCUUUGCGCAACUGCUCCACUCUCACGGUCUUGAUAUCAUUUUCCAUCCCAUCCCACCUAUCUUGGAUCUCUCUCUAAGAUGUGCCGUCAGUCCAACUCUGGUAAAGUCAUCAAACACCAGCUUGGAGACUAAAAGCUCUGGAUACUGUAUACAGCCUGCUUGCAUUGAACCAACCUGUGUAAUUCAGCCAGAUUGCAUCAAACCGUCAUGCUUCACGCCGCGUUUUCUAUCAGGCAAAUCCAAAAAGAAAGAAAAGAAGUUGAAACCUAAGAAUGACGUGCACAAUCAGGUGACACCACUCCCCGAGCUUAUGGCCGAGCCCACAAAUGCCCGAUCAAUGUCCUUCGUUGGCACACACGAGUACUUGGCGCCCGAAAUCAUCAAAGGCGAAGGUCACGGCAGUGCUGUAGACUGGUGGACAUUUGGUAUAUUCUUAUACGAGCUUUUGUUCGGUAGAACACCAUUCAAAGGUUCAGCAAAUCGAGCGACUUUAUUUAACGUAGUUGGGCAGCCCUUAAGAUUUCCUGAAUCCCCUAGUGUUAGCUUUGCUGCUAGGGACUUGAUUAGGGGUCUACUUGUGAAAGAGCCUCAGCAUCGUCUUGCGUAUAGACGUGGAGCUACAGAGAUAAAACAACAUCCAUUCUUUCAAAAUAUUAACUGGGCGCUGAUCCGUUGCGCAACUCCUCCAGAAGUGCCGAGACAGGCCAUGAAAGAAGCACUUAUAGCUGAGAAGAAGGCGGCGCCUGGUGUGAAGCCUUCUGGUAACUAUUUAGAUAUUGAUUUCUUUUGAUCCGUAUGCAUGUUAUCUCCUUUGAACUAAUUAUUUUGCAUCUUGUAUUUGUGUUGUUGUUCGUCCAUGGUUGUUUCCAUUGUAUAAAAGAAUGCAACUCUUUCGUCUACGUUGAAUGAAUCACCGCUUGUAAGAUACUCCAAAUUGUUUUAAAUUGAUGAACAAAGUCUCUGGUUUAUUAAUUUAUUCUC